AUGCAACUUCUACGAUCCUUCCUUCUCCUCGCCGCGGCGCUGACAACUCCUGCUACUGCAGAUUGCCCGCCAGAUGCCAAGAUGGACCUCGUCUUCCUUGUCGACACUUCUUCCAGUAUUCGAAAGGCUGGACAAAAAGCGAUAGAGUCCAUCCGCUCGUUUGUAUACAAGGUCGUCGAUGGUUUCACAAUGGGUCCAGAUUUGACUUCGUUUGGAGCGAUCUCGUACAACAAAAAUCCGCAAAUUGAAUUUUUCUUGGGAGAUCAUGACUCGAAGGAGAGCAUCAAGACUUCAGUAGAUCUGAUCGACUUCGAAACCGGAAAAGGAACGGAAACCGGCAAAGCGAUGAACUUUAUGGCUGAAAUGAUCGACAUGGGUUUCGGGCAGCGAAACGACUCUAAAGUUGUUGCAAUUGUGAUCACCGACGGACGUUCCAGCGAAAAACACGAUUUUGUUGUUGAAGCGUCGAAUAAUUUGAAGAAAGUUGUGGACAUUGUGAUCGCUGUUGGGGUGAACAUGAAAAAAGAGAACGAGCUUUCACGUGAAAUCAAAACUAUUGCUUCUGAACCUGACGAGCAUUACGCUAUUGAAGCUGAGAGUUUCGAAUCUCUUUCCAUGGUCCAGGACAUUGUCAAGAACUGCAUCUGCAUCGGUAUCUCGAAACAGCACUGCAUGCUCCCCUCAAUGUCCGCUGACGAUUCUGGCUUCGACAUGCGACGCGGGCAAUUCUCAACCACCGCUGCCCCUCUCAAAGUUCGAGCUGGAGGACGAGCAGUCAACCGACGACCAAUUGCUGGAUCUGAGCCUGCUACAACCUCUUCUCCAUUCCACGUCAAAGCUGAUUCCUGCUGUGGGCAAAUUACCUUCAACUCUGGAAUUCAAUCCUGCUGCGCCACCCACGGAGACAAACGAGACGAGAACAAGUUCCUGAUCGAUAUUGGCAGCAAGUGCCCAGCUGGAUCGAGCGAAGUUUGGAAUGUUCAAGCUGCAAUGAGCAUUGAUGAUAUGGACAGCAUGCAUUUUGGUGAUUUUGAUAUUGAAGCUUACCCAGAGCCACUUGACUUCGAACCGGAAUUCGUCGACUACUCGAAAUUGGGAUAA